AUGCAUCCUGUGUUUUUCUUAAUAAUAUGCAUAACGAGGGUGUGGUCUUUUGACAUAGAGAAUUUAGACAGAGAGUACUACAUGAUAACGAACAAAACGAAAAACCUGCCAGAAAACUACCCAAACACACAGAAUCUGUCGAACAGCAAAGAUUCAGAUAAGUCAGAGAGCGCAGUGAACAUUGGCUUUAUUCAAGUGGAAAUAAAAGAAGAGCUGGCGAAAAGCAUCCCCCUCAUUGAGAAGAUAGAAAGGCUGAUUGGUCUGUCCACAAAAGAGCUUGUGCACACAGACAACAACAACAAGAUUGUUUUGGCUCCAUUUAAAAGCAUAAAGCUGGUGAAUGACGACGGAGAAAUAAACGUAGGAAGCUACAAAAACAGCUACAUAAGGAAGGACAAAAUAGUCCAGGAGUACACGGGAGGAGACAGGUGCGAUAUCUGCAAGAGCAAAAGAUGGUCUGGAACUAUCCACUAUAUGGUGGACGCAGGAGACUUAGAGCUGUCCGGGCCUGUGGAGAGCUCAACGUGCAACUAUAAGCUGAUAGUCAAGGGAAAAGACCUGGGAAGCGUGGAAAAGUACACGGUUCUAAAAGUGACAGACAGCAAAGGGAAAGAAGAAGAAGCAGUUUCAGAAAACAGUCUGAUUGAGGAAAACAUAAGCCAUGUGUGCGAUGGGAAGAGCUGCAGAACUCGCAUAAGGAUAGGAGACGCGGAUGGGCCGCAGAUAGUCCUGGAGUCCGAAGAGCUUCCAGAGCAGGCUUUUUUGCAGCUAUAUCCAGAGGCGGUAAUAACGCAGGGAGACCUCCAGCAGUUUGAAGAAAGAGAAGACAUUCAGGAAGUUGAGGAAAGAGAAGACGUCCAGCAGUUUGAAGAAAGAGAAGAUCUGUAG